AUGCCCUCCAUCCUGACCGAAGAGGACAAACAAACGGUCAAGCGCACCGUACCCAAGGCGUCCAACAAGAUCCAGGCUGUUGCAGUCGCGAAACUGUACAUUGCAUACCCGGACCGCACACGAUGGACCUACACUGGCCUGCAGGGCGCCGCUGUGCUUGCAAACGAUCUGGUCGGUAACACCUUCUGGGUCAAGCUGGUCGACGUCUCUUCCGCAAACCAAGGUGUCAUAUGGGACCAGGAAAUCUACGAGAAUUGGGCCUAUAAUCAAGAUCGCACCUUCUUUCACACCUUUGAACUCGACGAUGGACGAGGAGGCAGCUGUCUGGCAGGCUUGAGUUUUGCGGACGAGAAGGAGGCCAAGCAGUUCCGCAAGAAGAUGGAGGAGCGCGAAAAGAACGCCAGCAAAGGGACCCGGGCAAAGGCGUUUGCGGUGGGCGGCGGACAGGCACAACAGCAACAGGCACCGCAGCAGAAAAGCCAUGGGAUAUUCGGUGGACUGUUCUCGCGUGCAAGGGCAGACAGUAAUCCGCAACAGCCGGCGCAAAGUAUCAUCCCACCACGGGGUGUAGAAAUACACAGUCCCGCUCCUGGAACAUCUCCCGCGGUCCCUGUUACGGCUGGAACUGCGGACAUUGAUCUCAACGAUCCWGCUGUCAAGGCGGUACUGGCUGAUCUGCUUGAGAUGGGCAUUACCGAGGAUCAAAUCCACGAACAUUCGGCUUUCAUCAAGAGCUAUUUGGAACAGAACAAGGCCACUGCUGCGGCACAGGCUGAGAAGCAGGAGCGUGCCGCAAGAGCCCCUCCACCUCCGCCUCCACAGGCUGCUAAUCUAAGUCCACAACAUACAGGAUCUUCAAAGGGAGGUCGUGGUCCACCACCGGCUCCGCCACCAUCUAGAAGAACGGCUGCUGCCACUGCUCAACGGCCUCCAAGUCCUUCACCCAGUCCACCGAGAGAACCGUCUCCUCCUCGGCCUAGAUUCCGCGUUCCUCCGCCCCUGGCCAAUGCUGGAACGUUGGUCAACAGUACGCCUUCCUUACYAAAUCGGCAAAGAGCAGCCAGUCAAACCAAUGCUGCUCCUCCUCCUCCGCCACGACUGCCAGCCAAAGUACCAAUUGAUGACAAUUCUUCGCCUCAACCUUCGCCGGGUCGAUUUGCAGUUCCGCCUCCUUUCGAAGGGAAGAGAAUCGUCUCACACCCUGGUCCGCCACCUCCCCCAAGAGGAAGCGGAGGGCCUCCACCACCUCCUCCAAGAGAUUCUGGUCCCCCGCCUCCACCACCACGAACACCUCAAACACCAUCCUUUGCGGACUCUGGGCCGCCCGCACCGCCCCCUCUUCCUCCUACUACACCCCGACCUGUACCACCCGCUCCAGCCGGCAUGGCUGCAAACGCACCACCGGCUCCUCCACCUCUUCCUCCGACUUCGAACGUAGCACCAUUGCCGCCUCCUCCUCCGCCUCCGAUGCCUGCGUCAAGUCCAGGUGCACCGCCGCCACCACCUCCCCCAAUGCCGCCAUCUUCUGGUGGCGGACCUCCACCACCUCCUCCACCAAUGCCGCCUCGGAGUGCAGUGGCUCCCUCAGGAGACAUUGGCGUUGGAGACGACACAGCAGCCGCUGCGCAAAGCAAUGCGACUCCUCCCCCAGGUGUGGGCGGAUUGCUUGCUGACAUUCGCGGUGGAGCCAGGUUGRAGAAGGUCAGCGAUCAGGAGAAGCGUGAUCGUAGUGCGGCUGCUGUGCCAGGUAGUGAACCAGCUGCUGGAAGUAGCGCCGCUGGUAGUGGUGGAGAUGCUGCGGCUGCGGGUGGGUUGGCUGGUGCAUUGGCGAGUGCGUUGGCUGUGAGGAAGAGUAAAGUUAGUCAUUCUGAUGAUGAAAAGAGCGAUGAUGAGUGGUGA